AGAUAUCAAUAGUAUUACCAUUAUUCAUGAUAACAAUAACUGCACCUAUUGCUCUCUUAUUCUUUUCGCUCAGGACCUGCCUCUGACGAGUUUUUGUUCUUUUACGUAUUACUUCGAUAUUUUGAGAGUUUUCGCUUCACAUUCGCCGCUCAUUUGCAUUCUCCGUUUCGAAACAACACGGCUAGAAGGAGGAAGAUAAUUAGAGCGAAGCGCUUUAAAUCCACUGAACCUAUAGGAACUGCAGCUGUAGAGUGAACAACUUGUGUAUUGACAACUGUAGUCUUUAAGACUUCACGGCGUUGCGCUGCACCGAAGCGUUUUGUUCUGUACCUGCGGAUAACUCGUUUUUGGCUGCUAAGCUACACCUCUCUCCUUUUUCUCAAUAGAUAUACAUUUAACCUAGCGGAUAAUUCACCUGCAAGGGAUGUCGGUGUUGGAGGAACUACCGCUCAUCCGAGCGAAAGGAGACGUGGUCAAAUGUACAACGGGACCCACUGUGGGACCUGGUUCGUAUGAUUUAGGCCGAGCUCAGCCUGUUAACUCAAGUCAGGCUCCGUUUAACAGCACUGGCAUCCGGCAGCCGCUCUCGCGAGCUGACCCUGCGCUUCCUGGUCCGGGCACGUACGACGUGGGUACUGCGUGGUCCGACGAACACGGCGGAAUCGGCUCUCGAGCAUUUGUUUCUGAAUCAGAUCGCUUUGCUUAUGGGAAAGGAAAUGACGUUCCUGGUCCUGGCGCGUACGAUGUCCGCGAAAACUAUAACAUAAGCAAAAGACCAAAGUCUUACGCCUUUUCUGGACCGUACGGCAGCGUUGAUGGCCCAAGUAUCGGCACUUCUCUGGGACCUGGCGCUUACAACCCCAAUUACGCUGCUGCAGACCGAAAGUUGCCAAAGGCUGCAGCCUUCGGCAAGUACAGUGGACGCGAAUUGUUGCGGCCCCCUGUGGGACCUGGCCCAGGAAGCUACAACUCUUUGUUGACGCCCGGCGCUCUGAUGGGCACCAAGCCGUCUUCCAUGUUUGUCACAAAGACAAAAAGAACUGUGUGCGGCGGAGUAGGAGACAAUGACACCCCUGGGCCUGGAACGUACAACGUGGGACAAUCAUACCUGCGAGACGCACCCGGAGCGUAUGAGCACUUUUCCGCCUUCGGAUCGUCUUCUGCACGAUUCGCUGACGGCAAGGAGGCGGAUCGCGCUCCCGGACCGGGGACGUACAUCGGCGAAAUCGCACCACGCCGCUUCCACCCUCAAGACGGACAGGGGUCAGCGGCGUUUCUCUCCAUGUACGACCGCUUUCCCGAGAGACUCGCAAACUCCGCUCCAGGCCCAGGGACAUACGACGGACGGCUGUUGCCGCGGCACAACAACUUCGGAGAGCCCACGCCGUUCAGCUCUACCGUGCCGCGGUUUAGCCCUGUAUGGUCGCAGCAUCCGCUGUCAAAGCUAAUGGUCUUCUCCGGCGAUCCAAAUGGUGGGCGGCCGCCGCGCGGUGGAGUGCGCCGGCCCUUUGUACAGCGCAAGAUUACUCCGUCUGACGCUCCACCCCCGCUUCAGGACCGGGUGUACAACGUGCGCUACGACUGGCCGAAGCCAACGUCGACGUUGGACACUACAUUUGGAACAUCGGUUCGCCCGCCGCCGGACGCGAGUGGCGCAAGCGACGUUCCAGGUCCGGGCGCUUACGCCAGUGUUGGUGGCGUUGCAGCUGCAGGUCGGCGACCUGGUAACUCAGAUUGGGGUCGUGACGUGCGUUUUGCCGGUACAGCGCCGGCCAACGGCACACCAGACCCUGGCAAGUACUACCACUGCAGCACUUUGUUGACUAAGUCGCACAACGCAACAAUCGGCUCCGAUACCACGUGGAUUGAUUGA